UCCGGCCGGCGGCCGAAGGGUCAGGCGGGCCUUGGAGGAGAGAUGCCCGGCAAACAGUCUGAGGAAGGGCCGGCGGAGGCAGGGGCUUCAGAGGACAGCGAGGAGGAGGGUCUGGGCGGCCUGACGUUAGAGGAGCUCCAGCAGGGCCAGGAGGCUGCCCGGGCGCUGGAGGACAUGAUGACACUGAGUGCUCAGACCCUGGUCCGAGCCGAGGUGGACGAGCUCUACGAGGAAGUGCGUCCCCUGGGCCAGGGUCGCUAUGGCCGCGUCCUUCUGGUCACCCAUCGUCAGAAAGGCACAGCCCUGGCGCUGAAGCAGCUCCCGAAACCCCGCACGUCCCUCCGCGGCUUCCUGUACGAGUUCUGUGUGGGGCUCUCGCUGGGCGCGCACUCAGCCAUCGUGACGGCCUACGGCAUUGGCAUCGAGUCGGCACACUCCUACAGCUUCCUGACGGAGCCCGUCCUGCACGGGGACCUCAUGGCCUUCAUCGAGCCCAAGGUGGGCCUCCCGCAGCCCGCAGUGCACCGCUGCGCCGCCCAGCUGGCCUCCGCCCUGGAGCACAUCCACGCCCGCGGCCUGGUGUACCGGGACCUGAAGCCGGAGAACGUCCUGGUGUGCGACCCGGGCUGCCGGCGCUUCAAGCUGACCGACUUCGGCCACACGAGGCCUCGCGGGACCCUGCUGCGCCUGGCCGGGCCGCCCAUCCCCUACACGGCCCCCGAGCUCUGCGCGCCCCCGCCCCUCCCCGAGGGCCUCCCCAUUCAGCCCGCCCUGGACGCCUGGGCGCUGGGCGUCCUGCUCUUCUGCCUCCUCACGGGCUACUUCCCCUGGGACCAGCCCCUGGCCGAGGCCGACCCCUUCUACGAGGACUUCCUCAUCUGGCAGGCGUCGGGCCAGCCCCAGGACCGCCCUCAGCCCUGGUUCGGCCUGGCCCCCGCGGCCGACGCGCUGCUGUGGGGGCUGCUGGACCCUCACCCCCGAAGGAGGAGCGCUGUGAGCUCCAUCAGGGAGCACCUGGGGCGCCCCUGGAGGCAGCGGGAGGGCGAGGCUGAGGAAGUGGGAGCGGUGGAAGAGGAGGCUGGGCAGUGA